CACCUCUUAACUUCUAAGACCAUUCACGCAUCGAACUUCCGAUCUGCUUUUUGUAACGCAAGAAAGUAAAGAAAUCUCAAUGGCGCCGAAAGCCGAGAAAAAGCCCGCUGAGAAGAAGCCUGCCGAGAAGCCAACGGAGGAGAAAAAGUCCACCGUCGGUGAGAAAGCCCCAGCGGAGAAGAAGCCAAAGGCCAGCAAGAAGCUUCCCAAGGAAGGUCCAGGUGCCGGAGAUAAGAAGAAGAAGAAAGCCAAGAAGAGUGUUGAGACCUACAAGAUCUACAUCUUCAAGGUCCUGAAGCAAGUCCAUCCAGAUAUCGGUAUCUCAAGCAAAGCUAUGGGAAUCAUGAACAGUUUCAUCAAUGACAUCUUCGAGAAACUCGCUCAAGAGUCUUCAAGACUGGCAAGGUACAACAAGAAGCCCACCAUCACUUCCAGGGAAAUCCAGACCGCUGUUAGACUUGUUCUUCCUGGAGAACUUGCGAAACACGCCGUUUCCGAAGGCACCAAAGCCGUGACCAAAUUUACUAGUUCUUGAAUUUGAUGGAAUUUGGGAAUUUAGGGUUAGUGUUUUCCCCUCCAUUUUGUCAGCGUAGUUUUGAUGACUGUAAGUACUUGUGUCACUUAUGGAUUUGAAAAGGAAGACCCUUUUUCGUUUUGGAUAUAUAAAAUUGCUCAUGUUUGCCUA